GGGGAAGAACUGAGUAGAGCCAGAGAAGCUUUGGUUUGAAGAAGACUUGGAUCUUGGAGCAACUGAGGGAGGAGGCAGGGAAGUUGACUCAAGAGGAAUGAGUGAGCGCGCCUCGUAAAGGUUGCUCCACCCCGCCCAGGAUCAGGCAAAGGGGAAACCAGCUCCGCGGCUGCCAACUGGCGCCCAGCGCAGCCGCGAACGCCGGGAGUGGAGUCCCAGGUCUUAAGUGAGCGCCGCGGGGCAUUUGCUUCUUCCGCGCCCCGGCGGCCCGAGUCCUCCCACCCUCACCCCCUUCUCCACUUUUACCCCCGUUUGCAAUCACAUGGCAUUUUAAGAAUGCUGGAAAGAUGGCGGUAGCGGCAGCGGCUGUGGCUGCGCCGGCUGGCGGGGGAGGCAGCCGGGCGCAGCGGAGCGGACUGUUGGAAGUUUUGGUGCGGGAUCGCUGGCAUAAAGUUCUGGUGAACUUGAGCGAGGACGCCCUGGUGUUGAGCUGCGAGGAGGGCGCUGCGGCGUACAACGGCAUAGGGACUACCACCAAUGGCUCGUUCUGCAGGGCCUCCGGAACCGGACACCCGGGCACCGGUGUCGCUCAACCCCCGGACUCUCCCGCGGGGGUCCGCACUGCCUUUACUGACCUUCCGGAGCAGGUGCCCGAGUCUAUCUCGAACCAGAAGAGGGGUGUGAAGGUACUGAAACAGGAGCUGGGUGGGCUGGGCAUUAGCAUCAAAGGGGGCAAAGAAAACAAGAUGCCUAUACUCAUCAGCAAGAUCUUCAAGGGGCUGGCAGCAGAUCAGACCCAAGCCCUGUACGUGGGCGAUGCCAUCCUGUCGGUGAACGGAGCGGACCUGCGGGACGCCACCCACGACGAGGCGGUGCAGGCGCUGAAGCGCGCCGGAAAGGAAGUGCUUCUGGAAGUGAAGUACAUGAGAGAAGCCACGCCUUACGUGAAGAAAGGAUCCCCUGUGUCUGAGAUUGGGUGGGAAACGCCUCCACCUGAGUCCCCUAGAUUAAGGGGUGGCUCUACAGACCCUUUGUCAUCUCAGUCCUUCUCCUUCCAUAGAGACCGGAAAAGCAUCCCCCUCAAGAUGUGUUAUGUCACCCGGAGCAUGACCUUGGCUGACCCUGAAAACAGGCAGCUUGAAAUUCACUCGCCAGACGCUAAGCACACAGUGAUCCUGAGGAGUAAGGACUCCACCACAGCCCAAGCCUGGUUCAGUGCCAUCCAUUCCAACGUCAGCGACUUGCUGGCCCGAGUGAUUGCUGACUUCAGAGAGCAGCUGGGGAAGACAGGCAUUGCUGGCAGUCGUGAGAUCAGGCAUCUUGGCUGGCUUGCAGAAAAGGUGCCAGGAGAGAGUGAGAAACAAUGGAAAGCAGCCCUCGUUGUUCUGACUGAAAAAGAUCUUUUAAUCUAUGACAGCAUGCCACGGAGGAAGGAGGCCUGGUUCAGCCCGGUGCAUUCAUAUCCGCUUCUUGCCACCAGGCUGGUCCAUUCUGGUCCAGGGAAAGGAUCACCUCAGGCUGCUAUGGAUCUGUCCUUUGCAACACGAACUGGUACCAAGCAAGGAAUUGAAACACAUCUCUUCAGGGCGGAGACCAGCCGGGACCUCUCCCACUGGACAAGGAGCAUUGUGCAGGGAUGCCACAAUUCAGCCGAGCUCAUCGCCGAAAUCACCACUGCCUGCACCUACAGAAACCAGGAAUGCCGCUUGACCAUACAUUAUGACAAUGGAUUUUCUAUUUCCACUGAGCCUCAGGAGGGUGCCUUUCCCAAGACAAUCUUACAGUCCCCCUAUGAGAAGCUCAAAAUGUCUUCAGAUGAUGGAAUCAAGAUGCUUUAUCUAGACUUUGGUGGCAAAGAAGGAGAGAUCCAACUGGACCUUCACUCCUGCCCCAAGCCGAUCGUUUUCAUCAUCCACUCCUUUCUAUCAGCUAAGAUUACAAGACUGGGCUUGGUGGCCUGAACCGAGAGGCGACUUGCCUUAGGAAAGGAAGCCUGCAGUGCCACAGGAGUGUGACAUCAGGCAGUACACCAGAUGGAGCAUGCUCAGCCCACUUCAUGUCUCAGGAGUCACAUGUAAUAUCCCAGGCUCCUCCAUCAGUUUUGGGAACCUGAAAGGGACACCUUAAAUAAAAUACCACAAGGGACAUGAGAAUGAAACUUGUAGAACAGAGCGUGGUUAAGGAGGCCAGGGCAGAUGAAUAUAUACAGCAUAUCAUUUAAAUAAUGACAGCCAAGGACACAGCCAUUACAACAACGUGAGCAGGUCUGAAUCACACUGGUGUCUAGGUAAGCCAGAGCUGUGCUGUGCAGAUGAGAAAUGGAGAGUUUCACCUAUUCCUCCGAGCCCAGUAACAAUGAGCCCUUGCUUCCUUGCGAUCCAUUUCCUGGUUCAAGUUGAGCUAACUUUCAUCGGCAGGCAAAGACAACAACGAUAGCAACCACCACCUUUUAUUUAAGAGCGAAGCAGCUGUUCCUUAAUUUCCUUAAUGAGUUACCUUUCAGUUGGUACAGAGUGAUUCCUGUUGUUCUCAUGAGCAUAUGCUGAGCAGGAAUG